CACGACAAUUGCGCCGUCAGCGCCCGCCUUGACCCUCCCUCUCAUCUUUUUAGUCUUUCCUUAUCGUUCAGCAUCAUGUUCCGAGCAGUCCCACGGCUAAUUGCACGCCCAGCCUUGGGCGCCACUCGUCCGCCAUGCUUUGCGCCUGCGAGACGGUACAUCAGCACAGCUCCACCAACACAGAAGUCGAGAAGCUGGAAAAGCCUAGUUGCGCGGUUAGGCGCUGCUGGCGCAGUAAUAUACUACUACAAUACUACGGAGAUCUUUGCAGGAGAGCCUAGACAUCCCAUACAGCCAGUUGCAGAAACUGACGCAGAAUCCGAACUUCUCCCCACCAUCGACUCCAUCUCCGAAGAGCGCCAGAAGCGGAGAGCAGUACAGGCGCAACUCGAGGCCCAAAAACAAAAACAACAAGAGGAAAACGCUAGAGCACAACAAAACGCGGCGCCAAAAGAUGGUGCAGAGGGUGGCAUGGGAGGACUCGAGGAAGAGGCCGAUCAGCAGGGCGCCUUUAACCCGGAGACAGGAGAGAUCAAUUGGGAUUGCCCGUGUCUGGGAGGAAUGGCGGACGGACCUUGUGGCAAUGAGUUCAAGGCGGCAUUCAGCUGCUUUGUGUAUUCCCAGGAGGAGCCCAAGGGGAUGGAAUGUAUCGAUAAGUUCAAGGACAUGCAGAACUGCUUCCGUAAAUACCCCGAAGUCUACGGCUCAGAACUCGAUUCAGACGCCGAUGAUGAAGACGACAUGACGGCCGAUCUCGCCAUUCCCUCAGACUCCUCUCCGACGCCUGCUCCAUCACCAUCACCAUCACAAAAAGAUGACCAAGCAACCUCCACCCAAGGGAAGCUAUCCGGCGAGCAACACUCCUCAGUUGGAAAGAAGCUAGAUCUGGUACCCGAUGAUUACAAGCCAGAGGCUAAGAGUGAGGUAUCAGUCAAUGAGAGCGCGAAGUCGGUGCCGAAGGCAGCGUUUGAUACGAGGGAGGCGAACACCAAGGCUUCGGAGAGGAAAUAAGCAAUUAGAGGGAAAAUAGGGGAGAGGAAGGACGCGAUAUGGAGGACGACAGAAAGAUAACGACGUGGACAAGGUGCGCCACCAAAGCAUGUUGUGAAUGUACUAUAUCAGCUCGAUUUGCAUGUCUGGAGCAUGAGGAAAAAACAUUUAGGAGCGUAUGGGCCGGUCAAGUCUCUUCUUCUUCUACUGUACUUAGGGACUGUAUAACACAUGUUUCAAAAAGAUCGCAUACACGAC